AUGACACCAAAGUGCCUCCCUCCAUCAGUCUUGUCCACUGUGGUCAUCAUUCUCAUUCUUAUGCCAGCUGUGUGCAGCGCCAUCAAGGUGAACUGCUCUCAGCCGAACCAACCCGCCCUGCUGGAAGCUCUGCGUCCAGUCUUUAACCUGAGCUCCAUACGACCCGUCAUGAACAUGACAACCAGCACCAACGUCACCACAAUGUUCACCAUGUAUGGGAUACUAGGAGUGGAUGAAAAGGCUCAACUCUUGCUCACUUACCUUUGGCUAUAUUAUUGGUGGAUGAACGAGUUUGUCAGCUGGGACCCAAUCCAGUGCGGCACCGACAGGGUUUCUCUUCCCAGAACCCUGUUUUGGGGGCCAGAUAUUGUUAUCAAUGAAUUUAUGGAUGAAAACAGAGCCCCUUCUGUCCCAUACGUGUACCUGCAUAGCAAUGGUAGGGUGCACGAUUCUAAACCACUCAGAGUUGUCAGCUCCUGUAACCUCGAUAUCUACACCUUUCCCUUCGAUAUACAGAACUGCACUAUGACUUUCAACUCCUACAUCCACUUUGCGAGUGACAUAAAGAUUUCCCUGGGGAGGGAUGCAGUUGACAUAACAAAGAUCUCCAGGAAGGUGAUGACCACCAUGGGGGAGUGGGAGCUGCUGGAUAUCACCUCCAAUGAUCACCGCAAAGAAUUUAAUGAUGAUUACAUUGAUGAGCUUAUAUUUCAUGUCAGAGUGAGGCGCCGGGCCACGCUCUAUGUGGUGAACCUGCUGAUCCCCAGCUGCUUCCUCAUCACAGUGGACCUCUUCAGCUUCCUGCUGCCUCCCCAGAAUGUGGACCGUUCCUCCUUCAAGAUGACACUGAUCCUGGGCUACACCGUCUUCCUGCUCAUCAUGAACGACCUGCUGCCCAUCACUGGAAACACCAUACCUCUCAUAAAUGUGUUCUUCUCUAUCUGCCUGGCUCUGAUGGUGGCCAGUCUACUGGAGACUAUCCUCAUCACCAACCUGCUGUGCGGCUCGGCUGACUUCUCACCCGUCCCUCGCUUGAUCGAAGUGCUUGUUCUGCAAAUUCUGGGCCGUCUUGUUUGCAUGCCUCAGAAAACUAAAAAACCAGGAGAUUCAGAGAUGAAACCCAACGUUGUGGUGGCACAGCAAAAACCUGAUGAUAAGCUUUCUGAGGAGAUGGGUCCAGUGGUGGAGGACAAGUCCCUUCAGGAGCUGAGGAGCUUGGGCAAGAACCUCCAGGCCAUCCGCCUCCAGGUGGAGAAGCUGGGUGGAAGCCAGUGCUCGGAGGACUGGAUCCAGGUGGGUUUCAUCAUAGACCGCCUGCUGUUCGGCCUCUACAUCUUCUUCAUAUCAGUCAGCUUCAUUACCAUCAUCAUUAUGUGGGUGAACUCAUACAGUCAGUAG